AUGCGAACAACUGUAUUUGCCAUUGAAGAUGAUCCGGUCAGGCUCUCCGCAGCCUUUCACCUUGUGCAGUUUAUAGUUGUGCAAAGUAGGGGUAAUACUCCACCCUGUCAGAAUGGGAGCAUUUUACAUCCACUUAUCUCUGAUGUAACGGGCACCCCGAGGCACAUGGUGUGGAGAAUCAGGCCUCAAGCACCCUGGAAGGGGAAGCUCCUGGAAGUCACAGGGGACACCAGCAAGCUCUUUGCCCUCAGCCUUGGGUCUGGUACCUUUACAGACAUGCUUUUGAUGUGCCCAAGGUGGAAGGCCAUGACCAAUUGCACAGAACAGCAGUACUGGGACAAUCUCCUGUGCCAAUGCAUCUCCUGCAGAGUUGCAUGUAAUCGGCCCAGUGUGGAGAGAUGCACUACCUUCUGCGCAUCAAUGGACUGCAUCAAGCAACCCGGCUCCUACUACGAUGAGCUCUUGAGAAAAUGCAUCAACUGCUCGGGCAUCUGUGGGCAGCACCCAAUCCAGUGUCUCCCGUUCUGUGAAAAUAAACUGGUAACUACCUCAUCCAGAAUGCCUGCUCUGGAGCAGAAGCUAGGCAAUGAUCAGGACCAAUGGCUGGUUGUCUACCUGCUGCUGGCGCUCUGCCUUUGCACCGUGAUCUGCUCUUUGCUGGUGGGCUGGACCCACUUCAAAAGGAGGGGAGCGGAGGUCUCCUGCCAGCCCACCCCUGGGACCUGCCACAAGAGAGAGGAUUCCGCAAAAGAUCACUUAGUGGAAGCGGGGAGCGUUGGAGGUGGCUCCACUGGGAGCAGACUACCAGAGCCUGUGGAAACCUGUGGCUUCUGCUUCCCUGAACAAGGGCCUGCCAUGCAGGAGACCAAAGCAUGUCACAGCUCCUCCUAUCAUCCUGGAGCAAGGGCUACUGCCUCACAGGCUGGGAUAUCCAGCACAGGAAGUGCUGGGGCUAUCCCCACCCCUGAGGAUGGCCAUUUCAAAAUCAUAUGCUCCCCAUCACAAGAGAAGACACCGAUGACAUGAACUCAUUGAGCAAUGCAGUGAUCAAGGAGAGAAGUAACACUCCCCACACUCAGAAUAAAGCUGCUUGCAUUUGAUCCUUGCUGUCAAACACAACUGUACCUUGCCUGCCAAUCACGAUAGAAGCUACCUUCACACCAUGGAAACAGACUGUGGACAGUCACUAUUUUCCUCUACUAUGGAAAUAAAAUUCUCAUGAUUGUUAUGCACUCACC